AUGAAAUACAGUCUCGCACUCAUGACCGUCCUUCCGUUACUGCUGAUGCUUUUCAAAGGCAGUAUUGGUCGGGAACAAACCAAGUCAUGGCUCAGCACCACUAAAUUGGUUUUCGAUGGAACAUUCGACUGCCCAUUGAAACAAACGUUCUGUUUCACAGGAUUUUAUGUGGGAUACAACAGGAUUCUUGCUGAUGAUGAUUGGAUCCAUUUGCCAUUCCGAUGCGUAGAAGGUUAUAGCCGUCAUCUUGCCCAGAUUUCAUUCAACGAAACUGUUGGAAACGUUAAGAAACACUACACACCACGUCUCAAAGUACAUCAUAAUUGUUCUGAUGACGGCAAAACACACUACUACUUCAAAAACUUCGUCCAGGUCAAUGCUAAACGGAAUCUGUAUUUCGAAGAAUAUCGGUUGCACAUGCUCAAUCAGGGAUCGCUCGGCAUCUUCAGUGAUAGUGAUCUCCGCUUGAAACGGGACAGACAGAGAUUGAAGAAAUGGUUCCACUCUUUGCCUUACCAUUGGAACAGUACACUUGAUGGAUACCAACCUACUGAAAAUUUUAAAUAUCUGGUCAAAGGAAUACAUGUCCUUCCAUUUGGAGAGCUUGAAAUGAAGAAAUUUGAGCCAAAGUCAAAAGAAGAAAAAUUGAAAAAACUUGAUGAAGAGAGGAUUCGACUACUAAAGAAAAUUUCGAUAGAAGAAGCUCAGAACCCAGGGAAAAACAAUAGUGAGAGCGAGUGGUCACAGGUAGAGGAUUACAACAAGACUGCAGAAAAAGAGCCGAGCGUUGAGGAUGUCAUCUUAGCGUGGAGAAAGAGAAAGCAAGAAGAGAAAAAACGGACCGAACCACAAUUUGCGAAACAAUUGAAAUGUGACAUGAAGGUUGCAGAUAAGAAAACAGACAAACGAGAAAAUGUGGCUGUCGAAGAGAAACCAUCGACGAUCAAACUCAACAAAAGAAGUGACCAAGAAGAACGCAGCGGAGAAGAUCCAUAA